AUGUCUAUUGAAUCCGCACAACCUGCCGACGAAUGGCUCCAGCGCCAUCCCGACCUUGUCUUUGAAUUCCAGGUAAGUCGGGGACCUGUAUCUCAGGAUGGCAUUUUCGACGAAGCGUCCGGUGCCACUCAGUCCCGCCGCUACACGGACGCCGGGGAGCAGGAACUCUCUCCUUCGUCCUCUCCUGAGAAGAUCCCGUCAACCGGAUCCGUACCUGGUUCCAACAUCUUCGUCCUCUGGUUGACUGUUCUGUGA